CAGGAAGAAACAGCAAGACUCGCCCAGAAGAAUGAUUGAGAAGUUAUACAGUUUCCUCUAUGAAGUCCUUAAUGUUUAUCUUUUUAUCUUCAUUGGUAAUUUUAGAAGCCACUGAAAAACACAGUGCGGCUGAAGACUUUUUCAGUGAACAUUUUCGAAAACAUCAUGGGAAGCAAAAGACAGAGGAGGCAACAGGUUCUGCAAAGAAUAUCAUAAUACGUCCUGUUAUUCGCAAGUUUGCUGUCAAAGUACAUCAUCCAGAAGCCAGUGACGGUAACAAUGAAAACUUGAAGUUGAAGAACAGUUUGGAGAGCCUAAAAAGCUACUUGGAGAAGCUCACGAAAAAAAAACCUGAAGAGGAACAAACAGGUCCUUCGGAAGAAGAUCUAGAGGAUGAAAAAUUUGGACCUCACUAUCCCAGCCUAAACACAAAAGAGCCUGACAUGGAAAUACCUCCAGAAGGACUACAGGAUAUUGAAAAUGGCAAUGUACCAAAGGAUCUGUUUUUCCAACCAAUACCACUUUCAGACAAGGCAGAUGAUGCUCAGAAACGCAUACAAGCUACAUCAGCAGGAGAACAAGAAGUCAAAGAAACAGUACUACUGGCUGUAUCUUCCACGACUCUCACUAUUUUAUUACUGCUCACUGUGUGUUGUGCUGUGACUAUAUACCAAUGUUCCAGAGAAUACAACUAUUGGGACGAAUACUCACUUACUUCUUCUGAAAGACAAGCUAUGUAUGGUUCAGGAGAAUCUGAUUCUACAAUCUCUAGAUCAGAAGAAGGCUUGGCUUGGAAUGAGAUGACAUUGUCAGAACAGCAGGGCAGCUCACAGCCUAAACAGGCAAAAGCACUAACAUUUUCUCCCAUGAUACGGUCAAUAGAUGAGGUGUCAACAGUUUCUGAUGAAUCAGCACGCACUUUUGAGAGAGUCAGAAGUGAAAGUGAGCCUGAAACGGACCACAGUGAGCCUGAAAAGACUGCAACAAGAGUGAGAAUUGUUGAGCCACUACCUGCAGGAGCACCGCCAAGUACGCUAGCACUACCAGCAGGAGCACCGCCAAGUAGACCGACACCACCUGCAGGAGCAACACCAAGUACCCCUGCACCCCCUGCGGGAGCACCAAGUACCCCGGCGCCCCCUGCGGGAGCACCACCUGCAGAUGCAUCAGUGCCACCUGCAGGAGCACCACCCACAGGUACACCAUCAAGUGCACCAGCACCACCCACAGGAGUGCCUCCAGGUACACCCGCACCACCCGCAGGAGCACCGCCAGGUACCCCAGCACCGCCCGCAGGAGCACCGCCUGCAGGAGCACCGCCUGGUGCCCCAGCACCGCCUGCAGGAGCACCGCCUGGUGCCCCAGCACCGCCUGCAGGAGCACCGCCUGGUGCCCCAGCACCACCCGCAGGAGCACCGCCUGCAGGAGCACCUCCUGGUGCCCCAGCACCGCCCGCAGGAGCACCGCCUGGUGCCCCAGCACCACCCAUAGGAGCACCGCCCGCAGGAGCACCUCCUGGUGCCCCAGCACCGCCCGCAGGAGCACCGCCUGGUGCCCCAGCACCGCCUGCAGGAGCACCACCACGUGCGCCCUAACAGAAGUCAGAGUGAAUUCAUCAGCUGAUACCAGGACUUGACAUCCUGAUGGGAUAAUUUUAUAAUAAAAAGAAGUAUUAAUUUAUGAUUAAAUGCUGCUCCACAGGAAUUCAGAGAAACAGACACAGAGCUUGAAAUGCUGAAGUGAGGAGAAAGUCCAACAAGGGAGUUGGAUGGCAAAUGUUUGAAGGCAUGCACAUAACGCUUAGGGAUGAGUUGGAACAGAAUAUAGAGCUAUACUUAGAGGAGAAAAAUGUGAUUUAAGAAAUCCUCCCAAGAAAUACUGGAAUUGUUUUAUAUUAGGGGGGGGGGAGGGAAUAAAUAGGUUUUAAAUCACUAUUCAAAACAAAUGCUGCAUAAGAUUAUAUGAAUAAACCAUCUGAACGGUAACUCAGUUAUAUGAAUGAAGCAUUGUCUCCUGCGCAUCAAGAUGCAAAAUUAAGGGCCUUUCCAUCCAGACUAAUGCAGAGGUCCCUAAUGCAUGCUGGGAAUAAUGGGCUUCCCAUACUGGUGUUAUAGCACAAGAGUUUCUGAGAGUGGGAAUACUACAGCAUGGAGUUGUACUAACAACUCCCUUCUUAGCCUCCUGCAAGUAGUGAUAUCAAGUCAGAGGGGUUUGCAAGAUAGCAUGGUAUGGGAUCUCUCCUAUUUUGGGUUGCCAACUUCUUUUUUUAACAAGUCCUAUUCAUGUGCCUUUGAUCACCAUCCUGAUAUACACUUAAGUAGGUGAAGUUUUUCCUGGCAUGGCAGCUGUAAUGAAGAAAUGUUACAUGUCUAACUUCUGCAUCCGAGGCUGCUCUUAAAGGCAAAGCCGCAGGGCCAGUAAAAAGUUGACAAUCCUUUCAAUCUACCGGGCUACUUAUCUUCAAAGUUUGCUGUUUCACACAAAAUUAUGAGGCCUUUCCCCCAGAACCUAUGCAUCCCCGCCAUUGCUGCUUUCCCACUGUUGCAGAGGUUAUCUGUAUUGAUGGGAACCCUAUAGCAUAACUAUCCAGUCUGACCAGAAGAGAGUUUCUACUUAAAGGAUCUCCUUCAAGCAAAAUGCCACUCCACAAAUUCAAGGGAUUUCCCAUAAAAUGUGAGGCAAUUGAGCAGUCCAAUGUCCUCCUCUCCACUGAUGAGAAAACACAGGCAAACACAUACAUUGACUCCACAGACUGACUCAAACAUUUAGAGCAAUGAAAUGUCUCUGUGCACACCAGCUCAUUCACUAUAAACAAAAAUACCCCCUCAGUCUCUGUGGUUGUCUUCAUGGUAAUUUAAAAGUUUGUAGAGUUUCUUCAUUACACUACAUUUUUUCUUUCUGUAACCAAAUUUCCCUCCAAACGUAUAUUGAGAUUACUGAAAUAAACUUGUAACAAAAAUGUGUAA